AUGGAACUAACUACUGAAAAUAUUGGUCUAAGUUUGGCAAAAGAUGACUUAGAAGACUUAUUGACCGAAAAAAAAGAUGAAUUGGCACAAAUAAAAGAUGAUUUAGUCAUAGCGCAAAAAGCAUUAAUAGAAAAAGACUCCCUCCUUCAAGAAGCUAAUGAUCGUUUAGCCAAGCAGAUCUCCCAAACAUCUAGCAAGUCUGAAGUGCUUGGAGGUGAUAAAGGACUGGAGAAAGGUAUCGAAAUCACUAGCCCUAAAACAACCUCGGAUUCACCUUAUUACUUAUUUUUUCAUUACUCUAAAAUCAUGAAGCCAAAUACUGUGCACCAAUGUGAUUUGAUCGAAAUACCAUACGAUGAAAAUGUGGAUACCAAUUUAUUACUAGAUGAUGGCCCAAUAUUUUACUAUAUACUAUUGGUUAUAGACUGCGCGACUAGAUAUAAAGAUUUUGUUUUUUUAACAUCAAAGAGCAGUGAAGAAGUUGCAGAAGCAUUUAAAAGUAUAUAUGAUAAUCCUGAUAAACCUCUUAACUGGCCUCGAAAAUUGCAAUGUGAUAAGGACACUGAGUUUAUAGGAUACAUGACUUUAUUAAUGGAUGAACAUGGCAUUGAGAUCUGA